UUCCACUCAUUGUUUAGGGCGGUUUAUUGUUUUGUAGUUUGUGAAAUAUUGAGAAGGACAUCGACUUGCUAACGUUGCAAUGUAAGUAAACCAAUAAUAUUCACAUUAUUCAAGAUAGUGAGUAGUGAGUGCUGAAUUACAACUAAUUUCGUCCAAAUACGCAGUCUAACUAAGAAUUGCAUCAUCCUCUGCAGACUAUAGAAGAUAAGCCGUGAUUACCGCUAGCGCGCAAAAAUGUCUUUUCCUAUACAAAAGAAAGACAUUUAUCGGUCGUCAAAUGCGAUAUCCUUUCCACAAGAGGAGGAACGCAUAUUAUCGUAUUGGCAAAAUGAACGAAUUUUCGAAAAAGGGCAAACAAUAUCGAAAGACAAACAUCAAUUUACAUUUUACGAUGGGCCUCCGUUUGCUACCGGCCUUCCACAUUAUGGCCACAUUCUCGCGGGAACUAUAAAGGAUAUUGUAACUAGGCACGCUUACCAAAACGGAUUUCACGUUGAACGACGAUUUGGAUGGGACUGUCAUGGACUUCCGGUGGAGAAUGAGGUUGAUAAAAUGCUCGGCAUAAAGAGUCCCAAACAAGUUGAAGAAUAUGGAAUAGCAAGAUACAACCAAAUGUGCCGAAAGAUAGUGAUGAGGUAUGCAGACGAAUGGAGAGGUAUUAUCGGUCGCAUGGGGCGUUGGAUAGACUUUGAAAACGACUACAAGACUUUGUACCCUUGGUACAUGGAAACUGUUUGGUGGAUAUUCAAGCAAUUGUAUGAAAAAGGUCUAGUGUAUCAUGGUGUUAAGGUAAUGCCAUUUUGUACUCUUUGUGGUACACCUUUAUCAAAUUUCGAAGCUGGGCAAAAUUACAAGCAAGUUACAGAUCCUUCCAUUGUAGUGGCUUUUGGGGUAAUUGAUGAUAAAGAUAAUGCUAAUCUUUUAAUCUCAACUACCACCCCUUGGACUCUACCAGCGAAUUUGGCACUGUGUGUGAAUCCCAAUCUAUUCUACGUCAAAGUCAGAAGCCAGAAAAAUGGAGAUUAUUAUAUUCUAAGCGAAUCCAGUUUGGAACGUGUUUGGAAAACUCCUAGCUCGUAUGAAAUAGUGAGUAGAUGUCAGGGACAAAUGCUGUUAGGCCUGAGGUACAAGCCAAUCUUCCCCUACUUUGCGAGUUUAGGGUCAAGAAGGAAUUGUUUUCGUGUUGUGUUGGAUGAAUAUGUUUCACCAGAUCAAGGAACGGGCAUUGUUCAUCAGGCUCCUUACUUCGGUGAAGAUGAUUACCGCGUAUGCCUGGCAAGUGGCAUUAUAUCAAAAUCAAGUGAAAUCAUUUGCCCUGUGGAUGAUGGUGGAUGUUUCACUGAUGAAGUAACUGAUUUUAAAGGAAAAUACAUCAAAACAGCUGAUAAAGAUAUAAUUCAACUAUUGGCAGACAAAGGAGUUUUAUUCUGUACGGAAGAAGUAUCUCAUAGCUACCCGUUUUGUUGGCGUUCCGACACUCCAUUGAUUUAUAAGGCGGUGCCCUCUUGGUUCAUUCGAGUCGAGCAGAUGAGACCUAGUCUUUUAGAAUGCAUUGCAGAAACCUAUUGGGUGCCGGAAUUUGUUAAAAGCAAUCGUUUCGGAAACUGGUUGGAGGGUGCUCAAGAUUGGGCCGUAAGUAGAAAUCGUUUUUGGGGAACACCAAUUCCAAUCUGGACAUCUUCUAAUGGAGAUGAAAUUAUUUGUGUGGGCAGCGUAGAGGAAUUGGAAAAAUUAUCUGAAUGUAAAGUCACUGAUUUGCACCGUGAGUCUGUUGAUCAUAUUGAAAUUCCGUCUACGAUAAAAGGGAAGCCGCCACUUAGACGCAUCGACCAAGUUUUCGACUGUUGGUUUGAAUCAGGAUCAAUGCCAUUUGCUCAAAAACAUUACCCAUUUGAGAACAAAAUAAAUUUUUUGGAUUGCUUUCCAGCUGAUUUUGUUGCUGAGGGAAUCGAUCAGACGCGAGGAUGGUUCUACACAUUGCUGGUAAUCUCAACGGCAUUAUUCAACAAAGCUCCUUUCAAGAAUUUGAUUGCAAACGGUUUGGUUUUAGCUUCAGACGGCCAGAAAAUGUCAAAACGCAAGAAAAAUUAUCCUGACCCAAUGGUCAUUGUUAAAAAGUUCGGAGCUGAUGCUUUAAGACUGUACCUUAUCAAUUCGCCGGUAGUCCGAGCUGAUAACUUACGAUUCCGAGAAGAAGGUGUUCGUAAUGUCGUAAAGGAUGUUUUGAUACCGUGGUACAAUGCCUUCCGGUUUCUGGUGCAAAAUAUUAAUAAGCUUGAAGAGGAAGCGCAGAUUAAAUAUCUUUAUGAUUCGGCGGAAAACCCUGUGAACCGGGAGCAGUUGAAUUUGAUUGAUAUUUGGAUAAUAUCAUAUAAAGAAACUUUAUUAAACUUUAUUUCGACAGAAAUGCAAGCCUAUCGAUUAUAUACGGUUGUUCCCAGACUCGUUAGAUUCAUAGGGCAACUUACGAAUUGGUACAUCCGAUUGAAUAGACGUCGUAUUAAAGGAGCUUUUGGAAAAAUGGAAUCAUUACAAUCAAUAAAUGUUCUGUUCGAAGUACUAUCUGCGGUAGUCAAAGUAAUGGCUCCGUUCACACCAUUUUUUUCUGAAUAUUUAUACCACCGGUUGGCUUUAUUUGAACACAUUCCUAAACUCGAAUCUGUUCACUACGAGAUGAUGCCCAAACCAAAUCCUCAUCUUAUAAACAAGCAAGUAGAAAAUGCAGUCAGUGGAAUGCAAAAAGUGGUCGAAUUGGGUCGUAUAAUUCGAGAGCAGUCAGCUUUGCCAUUAAGGCAUCCUGUACAAGAAGUUAUCGUCGUCCAUAGGGAAUCUUCAUUCCUGGAAGAUAUUCGACGUUUUCAAAACUUUGUUUUGGAUGAAUUGAAUACUAAAAGACUUACACUGACCACCGAUAUAAAUGCAUUCGGGGUAAAAAUUUGCGUGAAACCUGACUAUAAACUUUUAGGACGCCGAUUGAAGGAGAAGCUAAAAAUUAUUUCAUGCGAAAUGGAGCUAAUGACAAACGCGGAGAUAUAUGAAGGCAUGUCGGCAGGCUUUUUCCAAUGCUUUGGUGAAAAAAUUGAUACGACUGCAAUAAAAGUAAAUUAUAAAGUGUCUGAAAGCCAAAGAAAUGUGAAAAUGAUGGGUGAUAGGGAUUUGUUAGUCCUUAUUAAUUUGACGGAAAGUGAAAGUCUCCAAAGAGAAGGUAUUGCACGUGAUAUUAUAAAUCGCGUGCAAAAACUGAAAAAGAAAGCCCACUUGCUGCCAACAGACGAGGUUGCUAUUAGCUAUUAUAUAAAACAUGAUUCGCCAAGUCUUCUAAUACCCAUUAUUCAGGAAUUCCGCACUCUUAUAGAGACAACCAUAAAAUCUUCAUUCAACAUUUCAACUGAUCCUGUAGAAGCAGCAGACGCACUUCUCACAAACGAAUCCUUUUACAUUGAAGGCGAAGAACUAACAAUUUCGAUUGCGCGUAUAGAAAAAAUCAUUUCAUCAGACUUCGAAUUUAAUGCAAAUGUUUAUCUUCAUGAUGAUGUUAAGGAACGUUACUCUUCAAGUCGGAGUGGCGUAGUUAAAUUGAAACAUUCAACUGGAGAGUUUCUUUCAAUAGAUGAUUUUCGAAACGAAAUUGAUAUUUUAUUUGGUCUGUAUGGCAUGAAUAUUGUAAUGAAAUGUGAUGAGAAAAUAGUUCGGAAUGUUGAGGAUUUAGUAUCGAAAAAUGUAUACAUUCACAAUAAUUUUUGAUUUUGGAAAUAAUCUGCGUUACUAUUCGGUACGUAAUAAUAAUGGUAUUAAUUAUGAUGUAUUAAAAUAAAAAAAAAUAAAUGAACUUGAA